GCGCCACAAACGUUCAUUUUGCUUGUUAAAUCGCACUAGAGGGUUUAAUCGUUUUCCUAUGGCAGCUUUCAUUGGUUAUCUAAGAAACAAAAAGACAUUUGAAUAACAUUGCUUCUAAGUUAAUCUUCAACCAUUUAGGCUUGUUUAAAACAGGAAAAAAUUUAACGUGCGCCUCUGGCGUUACGGCUUUGGAGUCGCCCCUUUUCCCGUAAAUAUUACCUUUUAUAAAACUUAUUUGCGCUGUGUGUGCCCGUGCAAUGCUAAAUAUGGACCUAAGUGCGCAAUACUUCGGUUACAUGAGAUCGUUGAUGAUUGCCGCGGGAAUUUGGAGAAUGGAAAUUAAAGAAUUUUCCGCAAUGAAGAAACAGUUAUACGGCGCUUACUCUGUAACGGCACAGGCAAUUUGCAAUUUAUUGAUAUUUUCUAUAGGGCUAGAUGUGCCGGCAUUGUUGAAAACCCAUCCAGCUGCAGCAUUUGGAAAUAUGGGCAUGGUGAUCUUUCUAGGGACAAAUACCACGAAAACCAUAAUGUGUCAAUCGAAGGCGAUCAUCAAAUUGCUUGAGAUUGCCUUGAAACCAGAAUUUCAAAUGGCCAAACGCGUUAAUACCGAAGUGGAAGCUAUCUAUAAACAACAUACUAAGCUUAACAAUUACUUUACCACAGUUCUUCUUGUGUGUGUAUUGCUGGUCGGAAUAUGUCAUAGUGUAUCUGGGGAUAUAGAAUGCUAUAUGCAUUUUAAACAACACAGCAACGCUACCGAAAAACCCGUCCUCGCGUACUACUGGUAUCCGUUCGACACGAACAAGCAUUACACUUUGGUACUGAUAGACCAAAAUAUUCGACCGUUACUGACCGGCUUAUGCACGUGCAUAGUGAGCGCGUUCGUCAAUUGCAUGACAGUUUUCGUGAGGCUCCAACUCAAACUAUUACAAUAUAGUUUCAGGAACUUCGACAAGUUGCAAUUGCAUAAUGAACCGGAUAAAGACCCGAACACCUUAAAGUUAUUGUGUGCCAAACAUCAGGAAAUUAUCAAAUACGUGGAUGAAUUAAACCAAUCCAUCCGAGCUAUAAUUUUCAUGGAAUAUUUGGUUUCCUCCAUAACCUUUGCCACUCAGAUUUUGCAAAUUGUCGGGGGAGAGAAACCAUUUUUAACUAUUUUAAUACUCACGUACACAGUCAUACAACUGCUUAUAUUUGCUUGGAGUUCUAAUGAGAUCAUCAUCCAGAGCACGGAACUAGCAAAAGCGCUUUUCGAAAGCAACUGGUACGAUCAAGACAACAAAAUCAAAACUAUGGCGCACAUAAUGAUUAUGAGAUGUCAAAAGCCUCUCAGUUUGAUGAUUGGAAGUUUUGGGGUGAUGGAUUUGGACGUUGGAAUCUCGAGACUCAAACUGGCCUAUUCCUACACAUCAGUCAUGACAAGUGGUGGUUAAUUUUAAGGAACUGCUACUCUUUGUAAAUCGGUUACAAGUUUUAGUGAUUGCUAUAACAUAAUUCGUCCACUGAUAAAGACAGAAUAUAUUUUUAUUUGAGCUAUAAUCAAAGCACCGAUAAA